UUUUUUUUUUUUUUUUUUUUUCGCGAUUCUCCCACACCUUGGUGGUGCCUUUCCCUACAGUUAGCUCUUUGCGGCGUCAUGGACUCCCCCGCCGUCCCCGUUCCGCUCGAUCCGCAAGAACAGCCCAUUCUCGAGCGCCUUCUCCGCACCCGCGACUCUCUCUUGCUGCUCAAGCAGGACAAGUCAUCUUAUAUCAAGUCUCGGGAUGUGCUGCCGCUCUACGAGGAAGUGAUCGCAGAGGUGGAGAAGCUCAAUGCCGUGCGCAAAGAGCAGGAUGAGCGGGUUGCCCGUAACAGACUGGAUUAUGUGCUGGACGACUGCUUCCAGCUGAUCUCGCUGCUUUUCUUGACGAUUGGAAAAAACAAUGAGGCCCCCGCAGUAUACUCCUUAACAACAACAGUUCAGCGCCUGCUCGAUCACCUGGAAGAGGCCGGUUUCUACGGAGCCAAGGACCUCAGCUCCGUCACGAAGACUCUACAGAAUAUGUACUCGACGCUGGACAGAGGGCGGAACACAUACUCACCGGCGCUUCUUACAUUUCUCGAGAGCCGAAUGAGGCAUUGUCAGACCUCGUUGGAUAAGCUCCAAAAAGGCCUUACUGGCCUGUCCCCAGAGCUUCUUUCUACCCAUGAGACAUUGAUAUCUAUUCUUCGAUCUACGUCCGCUGCCAACACUCGUUCGAAGUUUUCCACGUCUGAAGUGAAGGCGCUUCAAGAACAGUUGAAGAAGAUUGCAAGCACCAUGAAAGAUGGCAAGUUUGUCAGUGCGGACGGUACACUGCUUGCUGGUCAAGAGGGUGUGAAGAUGCUUAUGGAGCGCUGUCAAGCAUGGACUGAGAUUGUUUUGGAACGUCAAGGGAAAAUCGACGAGAGGUUCCGAGACCAGUACGAGCGGCUUGUUGAGAUCCGGAAUCAACUGGACCGACUGUCUGUGACACAAGCGUGGUCUCUGAGAGAGACCGAUCUAUUCGGUUACCAGCGUAAACUCGACCGAAUCGACGAAGCGCGGUCGAACGGGAAUUUUGUCGAUGCAGAAGGCCACCUGGCUGAUAUCCAUGCUCAACGCACCUUGCUCUAUCUGAUCCGUCGCAGCUAUGGGUAUAUCUAUGCUCUGCUUAUCUCCUCGGAGCCCGUGUCGGAGGCCUUGCUUCCCGUGUACAACCAGCUCCAGACCCUUCGGCGGUGUCUCGUGGAGGUCAAGGAAUCGGGUGGUGUCUCUAAUUCCCGGGAGCUCUACCCCUACAGCAUGAAACUCAAUUCUAUCGACAACAUGCGCGUCGAUGGCAAGUUCUAUGUUGGCACCGACAUCCCUGAAGGCCAAGGCAGCGUCAAUGCCUUGCUUGCAGAGUGUUAUGAUUUUGUGUGGGAACUGCGAGCCGCUGUAGUCGACGACGACGACAACGACGAUGACGAGAAUUCAUAAGUUAGUCGGCUUGUUGGGAUGAUGGGAUGUAUGAUGCCUGAAAUUGGCCUUUUCUUCAGUAUUUCACCUUUCUUGUGAAUCUUUUAUUUGAAUUUUUUUUUCUUUUUUCUUUUUUUUAAUAUUUACUUGUGUCUGGAAGACUGGAUCUUGGCUUUGGUUCUCAUAUUCGCAGAGAGCAUUGUUCUAUGGACCUGGAGGCUAAUUUGACGACAACCGGCGUUUCUCACCCGGGGAUGAUAUCUUGUUCAAAUCUACCUAUUCGACUGUAAUUGAUCAUUCAUCGCUGUACUGGACAUAUUCUUACUCCUGGCAAACUGAUGCCAGUUAUCCGUGGAGCAUGACAGCUCUAACACCUGCCACUUGAGAGCUUAAACCUGAAAAUAAUAAUCAUCAAGAACAAAACCCUUUCCUUCCAAUUCGAUUAUCAACUCAUUUAUGC